UAUGGAAAUUAUCACAAAAGGACCCACUAUUAUUUCUACAAUAACACCAUGAUUUUGGAUGCCAUAAGGAAAGAGGAUGAAGGUGUCUAUCAAGUAUCUAUGGUUCAUAAAGAUAAUUCAGUGAUCAGCGUAAUCAUUACCCUGUCUCUAGUUGCACCUCCAUCUGUCCCACGCAUCACAGUGUCCAUGAACAAUUCUCUCAUGGUGCUGGUGUUGAAGUGUGAGGCUGAAGAGGGAACAGAACUGUCCUAUCACUGGCUGAAAAGUGGCCAGAGCCUACCUGAAGAUGAGAGACAUUCUCUCAGAGAGGAGAACACUGCUUUGCAGGUGAACAACCUGACCAGCACCGACUGUGUGAACUACACAUGUGUUGCAGCCAAUGAUCUGGGCAGGGCAGAGGAGCACUUCCAUCUUAUUGGUAAUACUACCCCGACAUGCUCAGCCAACAGCACUGCCAAUCUCCUGAACCUGAAAGCCAUACCGUCAAUCUCUGCUGCAGUCAUCUGCGCCCUUGGCUUGUGUGUGGUAAUCUGGUGCACCUACAAACACUACCAGGAAAUACAGCAGUGGCUCAGAGGUCAGGGAAGGAGAACAGAUGAGGCCAAUGUGGCAGAUUCCAUAUAUGAUGAAAUCAGAGAUGAACAGGCAGUGCCUGCAGCCCCGGAGAUGGUACAGCUGCCGUAUGUCUAUACAGACUUCAUUCCCAGAUGUCAUUCUGCGGGAAGGAGACAGGGUGCAGCGCAGAUUGAAGACUUUGGCUACUCCGCCAUCAGUCCUCUGGAGGUGCAAUCAGCUUCUCCAAUAAGAAACCUGGUCCAGCUGGAUCUGGAGAGACUGUGUGAUGUUUGACAUCAGGUACCGAAUAAAGCAAGGCUUCUGCUGUUCAGUGCUAGCACAUUCAUACUCCUGCCAACUCACAGUGCUGAAUGUGUUGUUUUCAAUGAGAGAUGUAAGAGAGCCAUAUUUCUUUACCUUCAUCUCUGCUUGAAGCUUGUGUUGCUCCAAUGAUUGUUGCACAUCAAGUGAUGAGUAAUGCAAAAGGUAGCUGCACAACUGAACUAUUCUAACAUCAAAGAAUUUGCAGCAGAGUAUACAUCAGUGUGUAUUUAUCAGUAUUUCAGAUGGGGUCUGAGUCUGUUUUUUGCCAUUUCUACAUUAUGAGCUGUCAUCAGCCCAUAAGAAUAACUGGUUAAAUUCAGUACAAUUAAAAGCAUAUUGAAUUACAGUCUGUAACACUGUGUACUCCACGUAUAGUUUUUACAAGUUUACAAGUACUUCACACCUGUGAAGUAAAGGAAUUAGAAUGUGAAUAGACAAAGUCCAUUCAAACUGGAUGCAGUACAUGUAUGCACAUUUAACAGAUGCCACUUAGACUCUUUGCAGGGUGUCCUGUUUGUCAUAGAUUAGCUUGUAUUUAAUUUAUUUCAGUAUGGACAUUUGCAUGCUACCUUAGCCAUGACAUAUAAAACACACAUAACUAAAAAAAAAACCCAAUAAAAGCAUUUUACAUUGUCAAAUUGCAUCUUGGUUCUCAAUGUGAGGUCAAUUUCAAAACACGCGUACUGUACAAUUUAAAAAGCAUACACCUUUAAUUCACUGUAAAAGCACUGGUAAAAUAUGAAUAAAUAAAGGAGGACAUUAACCCCAGGUAAAAAGAUGAUGAACAUUACAUUUACGCAUACAUUGAUCUGGUUCUCACAGUUUGACCGCAUCAUCACACAGUAUAACAUACCACAUUUGCCUUCCUCUGUGGUUAUAUCAUUUAAUGUGAAGGUCUGCAAACUAACACGGGUCUUGAAAGGCUGUAACAGCAUGCUGUUGGUGCAACUUGUGUAUUAGAGAGGUUCAGCCAGCCCCAGGAGACAGGAGCAUUUAUGCCAUUUCACUGCUGAAAAGGUAAAAGUUAACCUUCCUGCUCACAUCACAUAAAAUGCUAUAUAUGCAAUGUGUAAUUUGCAGCUAUGCAUAACCCUUAUUGUAUGA